CCUCGGAACACUCGUGGCCGGCGAGCGGCUGGUGCGUAGGCUGGCCUGGCCUUCCCGCCCCGGCCGGGCCCGCGCUUCCCCCGCCGGCCGGCGCACGCCAGGAGGAGGGCGGCGGCGGCGGCUGCGGGCGGGUCUCGGAGCUUUCGGCCGGCUUUGCAGGGCGGCCUAGCGAGCGCGCCAGGCCCGGCUGGAGCGAGCCCCAGUGCAAUACUGCCCGAGCCCGGGCGGGGUCUCUGUUCUCUGGCAGAGGAGGUCCCUUGGCAGCGGGAAGCUCCCUCUCUUUCUCUCGCAGCCGCUCCGAGUCUGCGCCCUGCUGCCAGGCUCCCAGCUCGGCGCUCCCCUGUGCUCGCCCGGCGCCCACUCAUUCGCAGCCCAGCCUUCGCCGCCGCCGCCUCCCUGCUCCUCCUCCUCGUCGUCUCCCCAGCCCGCCGCGGCCAUGGCGGACAGCGCCAGCGAGAGCGACACGGACGGGGCGGGGGGCAGCAGCGGCAGCUCGGCCGCCAUGCAGUCAUCUUGCUCGUCGACCUCGGGCGCCGGCAGCGGCGGUGGCGGCGGGGGAGGCGGCGGCGGUGGGAAGUCGGGGGGCAUUGUCAUCUCGCCGUUCCGCCUGGAGGAGCUCACCAACCGCCUGGCCUCGCUGCAGCAGGAGAACAAGGUGCUCAAGAUCGAGCUGGAGACCUACAAACUCAAGUGCAAGGCGCUGCAGGAGGAGAACCGCGACCUGCGCAAAGCCAGCGUGACCAUCCAAGCCCGGGCUGAGCAGGAAGAAGAAUUCAUCAGUAACACUUUAUUCAAGAAAAUUCAGGCUUUGCAGAAGGAGAAAGAAACCCUUGCUGUAAAUUAUGAGAAGGAAGAAGAGUUCCUCACUAAUGAGCUCUCCAGAAAAUUGAUGCAGUUGCAGCAUGAGAAAGCUGAACUAGAACAGCAUCUCGAGCAGGAGCAGGAAUUCCAGGUCAACAAACUGAUGAAGAAAAUUAAAAAACUGGAGAACGAUACCAUUUCUAAGCAGCUUACGUUAGAACAGCUGAGACGAGAGAAGAUUGACCUUGAAAAUACUUUGGAACAAGAACAAGAGGCACUAGUGAAUCGUCUCUGGAAAAGGAUGGAUAAACUUGAAGCUGAAAAGCGAAUCCUGCAGGAGAAAUUAGACCAGCCGGUGUCUGCUCCCCCAUCGCCUAGAGACAUCUCCAUGGAGAUCGACUCUCCAGAAAACAUGAUGCGACACAUCAGGUUUUUAAAGAAUGAAGUGGAGAGGCUGAAGAAGCAACUGAGAGCUGCCCAGUUACAGCAUUCCGAGAAAAUGGCGCAGUAUCUGGAGGAGGAACGUCACAUGAGGGAAGAGAACCUGAGGCUGCAGAGGAAGCUGCAGAGGGAGAUGGAGAGAAGAGAGGCCCUCUGUCGCCAGCUCUCCGAGAGCGAGUCCAGCUUAGAGAUGGAUGAUGAAAGGUAUUUUAACGAGAUGUCUGCACAAGGAUUAAGACCUCGCACUGUGUCCAGCCCGAUCCCUUACACACCUUCUCCCAGUUCUAGCCGGCCGAUAUCACCUGGUCUCUCGUAUGCAAGUCACACAGUUGGUUUCACGCCACCAACUUCACUGACUAGAGCCGGAAUGUCUUAUUACAAUUCCCCAGGUCUUCAUGUGCAGCAUAUGGGAGCAUCCCACGGUAUCACAAGGCCUUCACCGCGGAGGAGCAACAGCCCCGACAAAUUCAAACGGCCCACGCCGCCUCCGUCUCCCAACACACAGACCCCCGUCCAGCCUCCGCCACCUCCACCUCCGCCACCCAUGCAGCCCGCGGUCCCCUCGGCAGCCACCUCGCAGCCCGCCCCCUUGCAACAUCCGGUGCACCCCUCCUCCCAGCCUUAAUGCAUGUGCGCAGUCCGAACCUCACGUUGGGACUCGUUCGUACAGUGGAGCCGUCGACUCAAGACGCCAAAGGCUUCCUUCCUUCCCUGGCAUAUUCAUUCGGAUCUGACUUAUUUGCACUGAGGUUAUCUAGGCUUCACUAUUCAUUGUGUUGUAAAUGUGUGUCGGAAAAACGCAGCCAGUGUUGUGGGUCUACAACACUAAACAGACGACUUUCUCCAUCGGUGUUUUACUUGAAUCUUCAUGUGCGUCCAUUCCCUGGCUGGGACAUCGGCUAUUCGACUAUUUGGUAGUUCAGCAGCGGUGUGCAAUUUUUUGCUUGGCCCCAGAGCUUCAUUUUCCUGGCUUUUAGGUUUGUAAAAUAAAAAGGGAUAUCUUUUUUA